UAUAAGCAUUUACAGCUGAUGAUAGUUAGUUCAAAGAAAAUUGUUGAUGUAUUGGAAAUGAUAACGGUAUGUACAACGACUAAGAUCAACACUCGGCUAAUAACUUACAUGUUAUCAAAUACAUCCUUACACGUUUAGUUAAUAAUGACAGUAAUUAAUCAUCAUAGUUUUUAAAUCGAUAUUUGAGUUUCUAAAACAUUUCAAAAUUUGAAAAAAAAUGUACUGGAUGUAGGACAAGCUGCUGGAUCAUAAUGGUAACGAAAAUAAAGAAAUGUUGACAGUGUUUUGGAUUCUUCAAAGUUUAUUGUUUAUAGGUUGCUGUUGCGCACUGAAAUGCUGGCAUUGUAUAUCAGACAACUGUGAUAUAGACCCGGAUGAUAACGAAAGAGCUGAGCAGAGAACAUGUAAACGGGGCCAAUAUUGUCAGAAGGUUUACUUUGAGAUGCAUAGUACAUUCGAAAACAAACAAUUAUAUUCCACUGUUCGCGGUUGUGCAUGGGAUUGCUCGCCUAAAAAUGAUUUUAGAAAUUGUUCACGGGACCUUUAUUCCUCAAGAGGAUGUAUCGAAAAAAUGUGUUGCAAUGACAACGAUUUGUGUAAUGGCAGUAACAUAAUUCACAUGACAGGAAUAUCAAGAAUUCUCGGAAUGCUUAUUUUUACAACGAUCAUAUCUAAUAUGGGUUUUACAUAG